UCCAAAGAAAAGUCAAGAAAAGUUCAAACGAAAGUCAAGCAAAAGUUCAAGAAAAUGUCCAGUUCAAGUGACGAAAGACGAUAAAGAUUUCAAAGACGACGACGAAGACUCCAAGAACUAUGACUCCG